AUGGCCGGCGGUGGAAGCAGAUACCGUCACUUGAGCCGCGACUCCGCGCAUCGACAGGCCCUGCUCCGAAACCUGGUGACCUCCCUCUUUGAGCAUGAGUCAAUCACCACAACAUGGCCAAAGGCCAAAGAGGCCCAGCGAUUGGCCGAGAAGUUGAUUACUUUGGGCAAGAAGAACACCGAAGCCAGUCGGCGACGAGCAUUGGAGAUUUUUUACACACCACACGAAAUGCUCCCCAAACUCUUCGGUCCCCUCCGCGAGCGUUACGCAGAUCGGCCAGGUGGUUAUACACGAGUCCUCCGCAUCGAACCCCGCGAAAAGAACGAGUACUAUUCUCCCAAAAAGGGUGUCAAGAAUGCCGUCCGAGAGCCUAAACCCCAAGUCAAGGCUCCCUCCGCCAUCCUCGAGCUUGUCGAUGGGCCAAAGGACAUUCGUUUUGCUAUGACGGCGCGUACGGUGGCACGCGAGCGCGAGCAGGGCCGGGAUCUCGUGCACUCGCUCACGAGGUUGAAUGUGAAGAAGGUCACGCAAUUCCGCAAGAAUGGUGUUGAGGUUUUGGAGGACGCGAUUUCCAAGCUCAGUCUUGCCAAGAAGCAGAAUGCUAAGAAGGAUGCUGAGGUCGAGUCGAGGGAUUAG